GGCAUUGAUCACGCCCCCCGUACACGUACCAGUGUUUCACUGGAUUUUAUGCCAUUUAAGAUAUACCUGGGUGCAUCAUACAAUGCGUUGCGAUCUACGUGAGGCAGCUGCUCUUCAGCUGCCUGCAAUGCAGGUCCCAGGGCUGGUCAUCCACUGAUGUCUCCCACCAGCCUACUGUUGGCCCAGCUGUAGCUGCACGGAGCCGGGAGCCGGCGCCAUGUCCGAAUACGCCGAGUACGACGACCUGUGGCGCCAGACUGACCCGGCGGCCGACGCGGAGCGGCCCAGCUCGCCGGGGCCCUGCCCACAAGAGGAGGCUGUGCGCCAACUGCGCGCGCUGACCGAGACGCAGCCGCACGUCGUGUACCUGGACACGUCGGACGACUGCCUGCUGCGCUUCCUGCGCGCGCGCAAGUUCCGCGUGCAGGAGGCGUUCGAGCUGCUGACCGGCUUCUACGCGUACCGGCGCGACAACCCGCUGCUGUUCGGCUCGUACAACGCGCACAGUCCGCCGGUGCGGGCGGCGCUGCGCGACGGCUUCCCGGGCGUGCUGGCCGAGCGGGACGGCCGCGGCCGGCGCGUGCUGCUCGUUUUCGCCGCCAGCUGGGAGCCGGAGAGGUACCCGCUGUCUGCCAUCUACCGGGCGAUCCUGCUGACGCUGGACCGGCUGAUCGAGGAGCCGGAGAGCCAAAUCAGCGGCUUCGUCAUGGUGCUCGACUUCAGCCAGUUCUCGCUGCGCCAGAGCAAGUUUGUCAACCCGCGCACCGUGCGGCUGAUGGUCAGCGGCUUACAGGACUGUUACCCGGCCCGGUUCGGCGGCAUCCACUUCAUCAACCAGCCGUGGUACGUCGAAGCCAUGAUGUCGGUCAUCAGGCCGUUCCUCAAGGAGAAGGUCAAGGAAAAGAUCUACAUGCAUGGCAACAACCUGGCGGCGCUGUACGAGCACGUGAGCCGACGGAUCCUGCCGGCCGACCUGGGCGGCGACGCGCCCGCCUACGACACGCAGCGCUGGGCGGACGUCAUGAUCAGCGGCGCCUCGUGAGGGGGCCGUCCGCCUACGACACGCAACGCUGGGCGGACGUCAUGAUCAGCGGCGCCUCGUGAGGGGGCCGCCCGCCUACGACACGCGGCGCUGGGCGGACGCCAUGAUCAGCGGCGCCUCGUGAGGGGGCCGCCGGCCGACGGCGUGCUCCGCCGCUA